AUGGCCUCGAAGCUGAGUCAUCUUCAAGUGGAGCUGCUCGGGGCGCUGCUGGAGUCGGGGCUGACCAAGGAGACCCUGAUCAAGGCGCUGAGCGAAGCGGAGCCCUACGUCCUCCAGAGCGAAAGCCAGCGCGCCAUCCAUGCCCUCCAGGCAGAGAAGGGGGACUCGUGCCCCGACAUCGCCGCUCUCCCCAACGGCCUGGGGGAGGCCAGGUUAUCGGAAGAGGAAACCUCUGAUGACGGGGAGGAAUUCACCCCUCCGAUAAUGAAGGAGCUGGAAAACCUGAGCCCCGAGGAGGCUGCUCACCAGAAGGCUGUGGUGGAAAGACUCUUACAAGAGGAUCCCUGGCGGGUAGCAAAAAUGGUGAAAUCCUACCUCCAACAGCACAACAUCCCUCAGCGCGAGGUGGUAGACACGACCGGCCUGAACCAAUCUCACCUCUCACAGCACCUCAACAAGGGCACUCCCAUGAAGACCCAGAAAAGGGCAGCCCUCUACACCUGGUACGUCCGCAAGCAGCGAGAGGUGGCCCAGCAAUUCACACACGCUGGCCAGGGUAUCUUGACAGAGGAGCCCAUGGGAGACGACCUGCCCACCAAGAAGGGAAGAAGAAACCGCUUUAAGUGGGGUCCUGCCUCACAACAGAUCCUGUUCCAAGCCUACGAGAGACAGAAAAAUCCCAGCAAAGAAGAGAGAGAGGCGCUGGUGGAGGAGUGCAACAGAGCAGAGUGCAUUCAGAGAGGCGUUUCUCCAUCCCAGGCCCAGGGGCUGGGCUCAAACCUGGUGACAGAGGUGAGAGUUUACAACUGGUUUGCCAAUCGCAGGAAGGAGGAGGCUUUUCGGCACAAGCUGGCCAUGGACACCUUCAGCGGGCCUCAGCCCACCUCUGCUCCCCCUCUAACUCCUCACAACUCUUCCUCCCUCCAGCCACCAUCUGCUCUCUCACCCAGCAAAGUCCACGGAGUGAGGUACAACCAGCAACCAGCCACUGAGGCAGAGUCCUCCAGCAGCAACCACCAUGGGAACAGCUCCAUGGUGACAACCCAAACCAUCCUGCAUCAGGUUUCUCCCCCCGGACUGGAGCCCAGCCAGAACCUGCUAAGCACAGACACUAAGCUGAUCUCGGCUCCCGGAGGAACGCUCCCCCCCGUGAGCACCCUGACGGCCUUGCACAGCCUGGAGCAAAACCCGCACGCGCUGAGCCAGCAGACGCAGAACCUUAUCAUGGCAUCGCUGCCCGGCGUGAUGGCGAUCGGGGCGGGCGAGACCUCGUCCCUCGCACCAGCCUUCACCAACACGGGCGCCUCCACGCUGGUGAUAGGCCUGGCCUCGACGCAGCCCCAGAGCGUACCGGUGAUAAACAGCAUGGGGAGCAGCCUCACCACCCUGCAGCCCGUCCAGUUCUCCCAGCAACUGCAUCCGUCCUACCAGCAGCCCCUCAUGCAGCAGGUCCAGAGCCACAUCAACCAGAGCCCCUUCAUGGCUACCAUGGCCCAGAUACAGAACCCUCACGCUCUCUACGGCCCCAAGUCUGAAGUGGCCCAAUACACACAUACAGGCCUCUUACCACAAACCAUGGUGAUAACAGAUACUGCCAAUCUCAGCGCCCUGACUAACCUGACACCAACUAAACAGGCGUUCACAUCUGACUCCGAAACCCACACAGAGUCUGGGAUGCAUACGCCAGUGUCACAGGCGCCAACGAUACAUUUACAGAACCAGGACACAGCCAUCCAGCACCUUCAGCCAGGCCCCCGCCUCACCUCGAGCCCUGCUGUGUCCUCCAGCAGCCUCGUGCUGUACCAGAGCUCCGACUCCACCAACAGCCACAGUCAGCUGCUGCCGUCCACUCACAACGUCAUCGAGACCUUCAUCUCCACGCAGAUGGCUUCUUCCACUCAGUAA